CGCGGGGCGGGCUGGCGGCAGCCGGGCCAGGCGGCGGCGCUCUCCCGCGUCACAGCGCCGGGCGGCGGCGGGGAGAUGCGGCUGCUGGCACUGGCGGCGGCCGCGCUGCUGGCGCGGGCUCCGGCCCCGGAGGUCUGUGCAGCCCUCAAUGUCACUGUGUCCCCGGGGCCCGUGGUUGACUACCUGGAGGGGGAGAAUGCCACUCUCCUCUGCCACGUCUCCCAGAAGAGGCGGAAGGACAGCUUGCUGGCUGUGCGCUGGUUCUUUGCACACUCCUCCAACUCCCAGGAGGUCUUGAUGGUGAAGAUGACCAAGCUCCGGGUGGUGCAGUACUACGGGAAUUUCAGCCGCAGCGCCAACCGGCAGAGGCUGCGCCUGCUGGAGGAGCAGCGUGGGGUGCUCUACAGGCUCUCUGUGUUGACACUGCAGCCCUCGGACCAAGGGCACUAUGUCUGCAAAGUCCAGGAAAUCAGCAAGCACAGGAACAAGUGGACGGCCUGGUCCAACGGCUCCUCAGCCACAGAAAUGAGAGGAGUCUCCAGCCAUCCAGCAGAGAGGGAAACUUUUCUUGGGAUUUCCCUUCUAAUACUACCUCAUCCUUUGCCCUUCACCACAGAUGUGGUCUCCUUCCUGCAGAGUUCUUGAUGUGAGAUAAAAUUGCUUGUCUCUCACUAUAAACUCCCAGAAAGAAAAGCUGGUGCCUUGUCUCUCCUGUCCUCAUCUCCCUGUUGUGGGCAGCUUGCCCAGCACAGGGAGGGUGACUCAUGAUGAUGUAUUUAAAGAGUGACUCCUGGCACAGAGAAGAGCCCUAGGAGUGUUGGUUUUUAUUAUCUGUCCUGAUUUCCAUAUGUUGGUUGUUUUCUGUUGCAGAAGUAAUAUAGUGUAAUAUAGUUCAAUUAUAGAAAAUGUGGAAAACUACUGAAAGGGUUUAAAGAAGAAAAUAAAAAUGACUUACCAUAUCUCUACUCAGGCACAACUUAACAUUUCAGUGCAAAUCCUUUCAGGCAUUUUAUGCAAAUAUAAAUUCAAAACCUAAUUUCAAUCUUACUGUAAAGAGUGCUUUGUGACUGGCUUUUCUGAUAUUACUAAAUAGUGUGCACAUUUUCCCUUGUUAAAUAUGCUUCCAAAACAUAAUUUUAAUGAUGGAAUCAUGUUCCAUCAUGCAGAUGGACCACAAUUUAGUUUCCUACAUAUUGUUACUGGACAUUUAAAGCUGCUCUAAAUCCUUGUCAAUAAAUCUCCAUGACCUUGGCAUAAAGUCCUGGAAAUAAAAUUGCCAUGUCCAAAGGUCUACCCAAUUUAAAGAUGGACACAAUUUCAAGAAGUGAAUUGACUUCUAAAAUAGUUUGCAUAUUUAUACUCUCACCAGCAUUGAAAAUGCCUUUUCCCAUGAAUUGGUUUAUAUAAGAGCUACCAAUUUUAUGUGGUUAAUUUUACGUGUUGAGUAGGCUAAAUAAUGCCCAGAUAGCUGGUAAAACAUUAUUUCUGAGUGUGUUGGUUCUAUUUCUCUGACAAUCAUAUAUGCUUUUUGAGGAUGCUGAUGAUAAAAAUGAAUGCCUGCAACAGUGCCUGGUAAACAGUUGGCCCUCAAUACAUACUUGAUGAAUGCAUGAAAUAUUCUUUGUCAAGUGGCUUAGCACCUGUUGCUGUGGAUGACCUUGAAGUAGGCAUGACUUGGUGGAUGUAGUCACCCUCUCUGGGAUGCCUCACCUCUUUUUUCUUGACUUAUUCCAAUCAUACAUAUUUUUGGGGGUCCUAGAUUCAGCUUUCCUCUUCCAUCAAUGCCUUCUUUGGGCAUGAGGGCUCUCCCACUGGUGAGGUCUUGUAACUUCCGUUUUUAGCACUGUAGACACAACAUUAUGUAGUCAUUGUUUUUCAAGCUGCUGUGGCACAGGGAUAAUGUCAAAAAUAUUAUACGUAAAAGAGUCGGCUGGGUGUGGUGACUCACGCCUAUAAUUCCAGCACUUUGGGAUGCCGAGGUGGGCGGAUCACGAGUCAGGAGUUCAAGACCAGCCUGGCCAACGUGGUGAAACCCCAUCUCUACAAAACUACAAAAAUUAGCUGGGCAUGGUGGCGGGUGCGUGUAAUCCCAACUACACAGGAGGCUGAGGCAGAAGAAUCGCUUGAACCCAGGAGGUGGAGGUUGCAGUGAGCCGAGAUUAUGCCAUUGCACUCCCGCCUGGAUAACAAGAGCGAGACUCCGUCUCACAAAACAAAACAAAACAAAACAAAACAAAAGAACCAAUCAAUGCAAAAACUAAAAUGUGCAAUUAUCUUUCUCCCACCCACAACUUAAUAUAUCCCCAGUUCCACUCUCAUCCCCAGAGAUAAUCAUUGUCAAUAAUUUGGUUUAGAUCUUUCAAAUCUUUUUCCUAUUGACAUUCACACACACACACACACACACACACACGAAAAUACACUUGUAUUUUAACAAUAGUGCAUGUAUUGCUUUAUAAGUGUUGUAGACAUUACAUGUAUUAGUUUGUAACUUACUUGAUAAUAUAGUGAGACAAGAUCAGACUGCAUCCAGUCAUUCCCGCAGUGAUAGACACUUAGGGAUCUUCCAGAAUUUCACCAACAUAAACAGUGCUUCAGUGAAAUCCUUGUACGUCUUUCCAAAUACAUCUGUUACAUUCCUGGAAAGGGAAUUGCUGGCCUAAGGGUAAGCAUAUUUAACAUUUUUAUAUACAAUGCCAAAAUGCUUUUGCUGAAAAGACUUUACAAUUAUAUACUCUAUCAUUGCAUGAUAAUGUCUUUCCCUGAAGCCUCUUUAACAAUCAAUAUUAUUAAUUUUUUCCAUUAUUUAUCACAAUGACGGGAAAAAUAUUUCAUUGUUGUUUUAAUUUCGAUUAUUAUAUUCAAUACUAUAUAGUGCAAUUUAAUUUCUGUUGUUGUAUUCAAUUAUUAGUGAGGUUGAGCAUCUCUUCAUAUGUUUAGACAUGGUUUAUUUAUUCUGUGAAUUGCCUGGCUAUAACCUUAAUAAUUGGGUUGCUGUCUUUUUUUAUAUAUGUGUAUGUGUGUGUGUGUUGAGUGUGUAUAUAUAUGAUUAUUAAUUUUUUAGCCGUUAUAUAUGGUACAAAACUUUCUUCCUAUUUGUUACUUUUCUUUCUGCUUCGUUUAUGUUUUCUUUUACCAUAUAUUUCACAUUUUGAGAUAUUUAUUUAUUCAAAUUUGAUAUUUUUUCCUUUGUGGCAUUCUUUUCCAGUGGAAUUUAUAUUGAAGUGUAAUUUACAUUCAACAAAUUGCACGUGGUACUUUGGUUUUGUAUUGAAUCCUGGAAAGGAUCCCCUGCCCCAAGCUUAUGAAAAUGUUUUCCAUAUUUUUCUCUAAUAUUUUUAAUGACUAAAAGAAAGCUUUACUCCUUUAUCUCUUUGGAAUGUGUCUUUUUAUAUAAGGUAUAUAGUAGCUAAUUUAUUUUUUCUUUACAAAAGGCUAAAAUGUUAUCCCUACACUGUUGAAGAAGUAUUUUUCUAGCUUGAAAUGUCACAUUUUUUAAGCUAAAUCCCUAUGUUUAAAUGAAAAAUUUGUAUAUUUUACCAAAUAGCACUAUUUUAAUUAUUAUAGAAUAGGUCAAAUAUCCUCAUUUUUAAAAUUAUCUUGGCUAUUCUUAUAUAUUUAGUUUUCUUUAAGAUGAUCUUGAGGAUCAACUUACCUAGUUAUGUAAAAAUUAUGUUGGGGUUUGAUUGGGAUUUCAUUAGCUUAUUAUACUACUUUGUUGUGCACGUAUACAUCUUAGAUAUCUUUAUGAUUUGGAAUGUUUCUAUCCAAUAACUUGUUGUAUUCAUUUAUGUAGUCAGGGUGUUUUUUUUAAAUGUCUUUCAGUACAACUUUUUUUCACAUGACUCUUGAACAUUUUUAUUAUGCCUACUUCUAGGUAUUUUAUAAUUGUAAUUAGGAUAUACUAUCCCUUUUUUUUUUUUUUUUGAGACGGAGUUUCGCUCUUGUUACCCAGGCUGGAGUGCAAUGGCGCGAUCUCGGCUCACUGCAACCUCCGCCUCCUGGGUUCAGGCAAUUCUCCUGCCUCAGCCUCCCGAGUAGCUGGGAUUACAGGCACGUGCCACCAUGCCCAGCUAAUUUUUUGCAUCUUUAGUAGAGACGGGGUUUCACCAUGUUGACCAGGAUGGUCUUGAUCUCAUGACCUCGUGAUCCACCCGCCUCGGCCUCCCAAAGUGCUGGGAUUACAGGCUUGAGCCACCGUGCCCGGCCGAUAUACUAUCUCUUGCUAUGCACACACAUAUACAUGUAGCUUUUAAAUUGGUAUUGCUGCUGUAUAGAAAAGUUUGACUUUUCUUGAGUUAUAUUUGGCAACAUAAUGAGCUAACUUAUUAUUUUGGAUGUGGUGUUUCUCAUUUGCAUUUCAGUGGUGUCUGUGAAUUCAUAUCUCAUUAUUUUCCUACCAUAUUGCAUUGGCCAGUACUUUAGAGAUACUGAGUCAUCUCCUGUGCCCUUUUCGUAUGACACUACUGUGAGUUAACCUACCAGUUGGGUUUUUAUCUUGACCACAUCUUUCUACCUAGCCCACAUGACUACUAUUAGAGACUGUCAGUCGCCUUAUUAAAAGCCAGCCUUGAGGCAACCUUGGCUUUUUCAUGAUCUCCACUGGUAAACCUACCACAAAAGCAACUGGGAUUGACCUGACAAUAUCUCUUAGGAAUUUAUCCUUCCCUCCCUCCGUCCCUCUCUCCUUCCCUCCCUCUCUCCUUCCUUCCCUUCCUCUCUCCUUCCUUCCCUCCCUCCCUCCCUCCCUCCCUCCCUCCCUCCUUCCCUUCCUCCGUCUCUCCCUCUCCCUCCCUCCCUGCUUCCCUCCCUUCCUCCCUCCCUGUCUCUCUCCUUCCUUCUUUCCUUCCUUGCUUGCUUUCUUCUUCUUCUUCUUCUUCUUCUUUUUUUUGACUUCAGAUAGAAUCUGACUCUGUCUCCCAGGCUGGAGUGCAGUGGCAUGAUCUCGGCUCACUGCAGCCUCCUCCUCCUGGGUUCAAGCAAUUCUCCUGCCUCACCACCUCCACACCCAGAUAAUUUUUGUAUUUUUAGUAGAGGUGGGGUUUCCUCAUGUUGGCCAGGCUGGUCUCAAACUCUUGACCUCAGGUGAUCCACUGGCCUCAGCCUCCCAAAGAAUUGGGAUUACAGGCAUGAGCCACCGUGCCCUGCCUCCUUUUGUAAUUUCUUAAAACCCUCAUUUAAAAAUCCAUUCCAGAAACCUGUCAGAGAUAGAUGAAAAGUCCACUAGCCUAUAGUUUUUAUAACUUAUCUCUCUCUUUUGUUUUCCCAGCAAGUGAAACACUUACAUGUCUCUAGCCGUGUGACUCCUUUACUAUUUUCCAGGUUUGCUUGCUUUUCCUUAACUGGAGUUUUUUCUGACCUGUGAAUGGUCAUCACUUAAGAAAGGUGAGGCAUUCUUCUCUGAGGAGGGAAGGGAUGGGAAUGUGAUGAGGCAGCCUGCUGGCUGCAAAGGUUAUUACUGUGAAGGCUCACCUGUUGGGAUGCUGAGUAGAGUAAACCUGUGGAUAUUACUGGGAUGCCAUGGCCAUAUUGUCAUGAACGCUGAUUAAAAACUCUCCAACUUGGGGACUGAAAUUGUUUAUCCAUAUUUCAGUGGAGUCAAGUCUUUGACCCCAACACCAGUCUAUAUCACUUGGACUUUCAUUUACUUCUCUGAGUGGGAAAGAAAGGGGUGCAGGCACAGGGGUUCUGGGAUUGCCUACAAUCUGCAGCAUGUGGCAUUAAUGCUGUACCCCUAAAAUGGCUGUCCCCAACAAAGUCCAAUCUGUGAGUCACAUGCUUGAAAAAUGCUUUAUGAAUGUCAUGCAAAAUAAAAAAUAAGAAGGAAAAAAAUCCAAGUCCAAUCCAAAUAACCAGUCCACCCUAGUAUCUGCAGUGGUCUCUGCUUACUUUGCUGUAUGUAUUUUUCAUUUUACCCAAAAUCUGAGUAGGCCCUUGAGCAUUCAUGUAUGAUGAUUAAAAAAAAAAGUAUAAAUUGUUGGAAAAAAUAUACAUGAAUAAAUGAACUCCUGGAGGCGCUUCUGAAGGUGUUUGGCUAUGAAGUACAUGCUGUAUUAAUUUUGGGCAGGGCAUAAGCUGCCUUUAUGUUUUAUUGUGCAAAUUGUUAAAGUAUGGUAGAGAACUGGGGAUUUUGAAGCAUCUGGAAAUGUUAAGUGGGGUACAUCUGAAAACCAAGUAUGUGGAAGAUUGAGGGUGGAGCUCCCUGGUCUACCAAGCGUUCCUGUUGUCGUCAUGGGGCACGAAAUGAUACAACAGAAGUGAAGAAUGAAAGGGAGAGAAUCUCCAGAGGACAGUGGAGCCGUGCCUGGCUUAUUUCACAGAAUCUCAUGCCAGAUGAACUUGUUGAUGUUGUUUUUCUUACCCAAUGGUAAAAGGACAAAGAAAAAGACGCAGUGUCUCCAUUUGCCUGUGCCGUGUGACGUUUGACGAUUUCACUGGGUGAGGAAUCCUGCUUAGAGAGAAAAUGGAUUGAAAAAAUCCUAGGUGACACGUCGCAUUGGAACCCCCUGGAGAGGUUUCUAGUGGAAAUCGUGAGGAUGAAUGUUAGGUUUGAUUUCCUUUGAUUGUUUUAUCAAUGACAUUGAGAAAGGGGCCCACAUCACCCUAAUGAACUUUGCAGAAAAUGCAAAACUGGGAAAUGUUCUUAACGUCAGCGAGAAAUAAAACAUAAUAAAAACGAUUCCAGAGCGGUAAGAAAUAUAGGCAGGAAGUAACAGAAUGAAAUUCAAUUUGCAAAAUGGCCCAGCAAUACAUGUGGGAAAAACAAAUCUCAAGCAUUGCUGGAUAGGCACCGGGGGGCCGGGGGGGCUCUCUCUGCGAGGAGUGAUAGCAGUGAGUCAGCCGCGCAUUUGCAACGUGAGACCGCCGCUCAACAGCUGAUGUUGUUUCCGUCCGCGUACAAAUUCGACCUGGAGCCCCUGAGAAGGAGGUGAUUGUGUCGUAGGUACUACACUGGUGAGACCCUAACCGGGACUACACAGUGUGCUUUGGGAACCUCAUUUCCAGACAGAUAGAUUUAAGUUAGAGAAGAGUGGCAAAUGUGAUGAGGAAAUGAGCAGCCGCUUCAGAGACAGGAUCCGUUUUAUGGAGGAAGAUUUGCUCGGCUCAGUGAAGAAACUGCAUCGGAAAAUAGUAUGGAUGAUGAUGAUGUCCAGCAGCUCUAGGUGGAUUCAUUUAUCCCUUCACUCAGUGCGUGUGUUAUCAAACACCUGCUUCGUGGCAGGCUGUUGCAAUAAUGGAGACCCAGAAACACAUGGUGGAUCCGUCUAUAGGGGUGGCACAUACACAAACACAUGGGGUCUUGCAGUGUGAGUGCAGGAGUCAGGAUGCACACAAGGUACUGUGGGAACACACCAGAGGGUCCUUUAAGAGCCAAGGGAGAGGGCAAUGCUGGAGAUGAUCUUGGUGGUUUAUGUGGGGGCGGCACAGACGACCAAGGGGACAGUCACUGCAGCUCAUGCCAGGGCUUUGGGGAGGACUCUGCCUUAGGCCGGGAAGCUCACAAAGCAUUCCAAGCUUGUUGAAUGUUGGCUGCUUGGUGCAUGGAUCUGGGGGGAAUCAGAUUAGAGGAGGAGGAGGAAGUGGGGUCUUUUGUAGUUGCCCAAGCUUGAAAUGAUGGAGGACUAACUUUGGCAGUAGGAAUGAGGAGAUAUUAAGAGGUCAGAUGAGAAGUGUUACUGACUGACUGGAUGUGAAUGAUGGAGAGAGCUGUGGGAUGACACCCGGGGGUCUAACUCAGUAAACAUGUGUAGCAGCUUUUCACUCAUUCAUCAUGAGCAGGCCAGAUGCAGGUGUAGCCUCACUGCAGGUGACACUGAUGAAGUGAAGUGCAUAAUAAUGCCUUGCCCAGCCCCAAGGCUGGUGGGGAAGCUGAGGCCUGAGGGCCGUGUGCUGAGCACUGUGGGGGCAUAGCAAGGCUGAAGUGGGCGGCACAAGGAAAAUGGGAUGAGAAUUGAGGGAACAUGAGUAGAAGGUUGGGGUGAUUUCAACAGGGAGAGGAACUGCUCAGCCAUGUCUCCUUCUCUCCAAGGGGUGGCUUAUUUACUUACAUUGGGGGUGUCCACGGCAUACUGAAUUGGAACUCGUUUCAAACCUGGCAGGCAUCAUAGCCUAGUGUUAGGAUUCCCAAAUGCUCUUGGUUCUUGAUGACCUUAGGCCAGAGGACAAAACAAAAAUAAGAAUACAUACAAACAAAGACCAGUUAACAAUUUUGCUUAAGUAGUUGGGUCACAAUUUUAUGUAAGUAUUGAGAUGCAGACAACUUGUUCUUGUCUUCUUCAGGGUGAACUCCAAGGUCACCUUUGAAAUGAGGUGAUGAUUUCAUAUUUUAAGGGGCCAAAAUUUCUCAUGUAAGUGGAAAGUAGUAUAUAGCUAGUUAUGGUAAAUAUCUUUUCAAAUAAUGAUACUUCCUAAAGAAAAGCACUUUGCUCUGCCCUGCGUUGCACAGGCUGUGUCUGCCCAUAUCUAUCCUGAACGCUCAGUGCUGCUGGGGCACUUGCUGUGCCUUGGGCCUGCCCUUGAGAACUUCAGCCACUGUCUUCCUGUUCCUCACACGUCCAGGGCCUGAUUGCCCCUCUAUAUACCCUUGACCCUUUGUCCCCAAGUCCAAGUCAUUGCUGUUUGUGUUCUGUCCUUUCAUUACCUUCCUUUGCUCCCCAAGCUUUGGGAGUCUCCCCACCUUUGUGCCUCCUCCAUUGUGCUUGACAUCCUGUCACCUAUAGACUUUUCUCCCUAGGGCACAGGUCUGGGUUCGUUGCUCUCAAUAAGUACAGAUUCUGUAGACUUGCUUAACAGGAAGAGGCCCCCAGUGGGUAUGGGGCGGGUAUGCUUGCUUUUUCAGGUGCUGCCUGGAGAGAUUCCAAGAUGAAGCCUGAGUGUCCAAGGGGCUCCUGGUGAAAGAUGGGUCCCAGCUGCAGUCCCCAGUGCCAUGUGUCAUAAGGUCCCCAUGGAAAGCAUUGAGAUAGGUUUGCAGGGCCGUAGCCUGAGUGCACUUCAUGGGAGUGUGUGCUGCUGGUGUUCACAGGAGUGAUGAGGUCAUUCAUUGGAGGCUCCUGCUCUUAGGGAGGCCACAGCUUUGAUCUCCAAGACCUCAAAAAACAUGAUCUUCAAUGGCUUUCCAACCCAGUCCUACAACCCACAGAAGCAGUCUGACAUUCUGGGCCAAAAUAAAUCUUCUGCUUUUAGAGGGAGAGGUCUUUAUCAGCAGUGAAAAUGCUAAUAAUAGAAGCAAUUUGCAAGGGCUGUCUCCUGCAGUUUAAUUGUAAUUUACUUUAAACCCAAAUAGUGUAUUUUAACAAGCCAAAUUGUUAUUUAAGAUUAUGUAAGUAAGGUUUAAAUGUGGAGAAUGGACAAAGCAAAUGGAAAAAGCUCUUCGUCACCCCAGAAGUAUUUGGGGGCAAAGAUUAAAUUAUAAUAUGAUUUCUCAUCUGACUGUUUAACCCCAAAAUGUGAGAGGAAGUUUAAUAAUUAGAUCUGAAGUUACUACCACAGGGAAUUGAUACUUCAAGUUUUAGUGGAAGAAAUUAACGAAAUAAUUCCUUUUUCUCUGGAGACAUGGAACAGAUAAUUAGGAAUGAGAUUUACUAAACAUUUAGGGCUCCUGGUUAAUUAAGCAAGCACACAUCAUGGUAUUUAAAGUGUCAACAGGUCCAGACACUCAAAAUGAUCAAAUUGACAACCAGAGUGUAAUUUAAACACCACUUUAAAUAAUUCUUCAUCGUACCUACCCUCAUUCCAACUGUCGUGGUCUUGAAAGAGUUUAAAGACUUAGCUUCACAGACAUUCACGAAGCCCCAGUUUGUGAGCCUGUCAUACCAUGCCUUGCCCAAAGAGAGGUACAGAUGGAGAUGUUUGAUGCCUACCCUCCUGGGGCCCUAGCCUCACAAUGUAGUGGAGAAGCCAUGCUGUAGAUGUGGUUAUAGAUCUAAUAGACAUGAUGGAGGUAGCAAACAGAAAGAGUGUGAAAGGGCCAGACGAGAGCGUGAGGCUGACAUGGGAGUAAGGGAGAUGAGGACACCUGGAUUGCUGGGCCAUAGGAGGUCACAGGGAGGAUGUGGGACUUUGCUUGGAUCCCAGGAGAGCUUCAGCAGACAGCCAUGGGCCAUGCUGUUUCAUGAGCAGUGAGAGCCUGCUCAAAGGUGUUGCAAGAGGCCAUACAGGGAUGCAAAAGUAACUCCAUGGAUUUAUAUGCAUGUUUGCGGUUGGUGGGGGAUGGGGGUGGGCAGCAACAAGAGAAAAGGUUGGAAGGAUGGACCCGGCCAGGGACCUUGGUACCAGGGACCUUGGUGCCAGGAACCUUGGUGCCAAGGACACUGCCAGAGCCUUCUGAAAUGCACCCUCACAUGUUUCAUGGUGCAUUUGCACAGAAGUGGCCCAAUGAUGAUUUUUUAGAAGUAGGAGUGAAUGAGUGAUCCAAACUCUGGUACCAGGGAGAAUGGCAACUAGGAGUGGAAGGGAGGAAUAAGUGCAUAGAUAGCCCUAUCCUGGACUUGUGUGUGUAGAGGACCAGUGACCAAGCCCUUGGUUUCAGUACUUCCUAGCUUCUCAUUGGGGACAUAAAGAUGGCUUUUGUGCUCUGUAGCUCCUUCACCCCCAGGAAACAGACUCUUUUCCGAUGGCCUUGCCAUGGGAAGUCUGUUUCAUUUUUUCCCUUUGUUUGCCCUUUUGCUUUGUUUUCUGGAACUUAUCUUGGACUGAAUGCAGUAGGAAUUUGUCUAGCAUACACCAGACAAACCUGGAGCUUCACUGUUUCUCAUUGGUUGCCGCCUGCAGGUCGCUCAGAGGUUCUACUGACAUAUAUGGCUUUAUUCGAGCCCCAGGGGAGACUGCCUUUGACCUAAGUCUUGGAGAGGCAAGGGAGAAAGGAAGCAAUAGGCCAGCGCCGUGUCUCUCUGGGGCUGCAGUUGCCUUCCCCGAGAAUGUUGAUCCAGUUAUAAACAGUAGAGACACAGCUAUAUUUUAAGAGCUUUUUCCUUGGGAACCAUCGCAUCUAUCGUUGAAUAAGAAGGGAGAGUGAACUGACUAUUGAAUUUGAAUUUGGGACAAAGGUGUUGGCUCACCUUUGUUUUAUUUACGAAUCGUUUUUUCUGCAUACUUCACAUCACCAUCCUCUUCCAGUCCCUUAGAUUUUUCUCACCGAUUAAUUAACGUGUGUAAGAUGCUGCCUGAGGGAUCUGGGGUAGGGUGGUGCUUGCUCUCUCCUGGUGCUAAUUUGCAAGGGCUACUUGCCAGGGAUCAGGCUCCUAAACU